CAUGAUCGCUCGCUUGAAGUAUCAGAAUUCGCAUGCUAUCCAUCAUCACACACCAGUCCAAGACCGUCGUUCAUCCCAUUCUCUUCCAGCUGUGCUGUGAUAUUUUUACAAGUCUUACAUUCACUGUUCCAUCGAUCCAAUCUUUCAGUCCAGCUAACCUUUAAUACCACCCUCAUUCAAAAUGAAGUCCUUUGCCAUCAUCGCUACCGUCCUGGCCGCCGCCGCCGCCGCCGGCCCCAUUGGCAAGCGUGCCGUCUUCACUGACACCACCUUCAACGACAUCUCCAUCUCUGGUGGCACCGCUGGCAACGCUCAGGCGGAGGCGGAGCAGGCACUGUCUGGCCUCCCCACGGACCUGACCCAGGUUGAGCAGGCGGACCUCGACUUCCUCAACUCCGUGAACCAGGUCGCCAACGACGCUGAGAAGGAGGCUUUCAACCCUGCCAUUGAGGCGGCUACCGGAGCCGAGGCCGAUUCUCUCCAGAUCGGAAAGAUCAAGAACAAGGUCCUGAAGUUGACCGCCACCAUCAAGAAGCUGGAGGCCCAGCAGGCGCAGGGCGAGGAUGUCGCGGACAAGCUCGCAGAAGAGCAAAAGAAGCUCAACAACAACAUCGCCCAGGACGAGGCCGAGGCUGGAAAUGCCUCGACCAACGUCCAGUUCGAUGGCACCAUCUCGGCCAACUAAAUGCAGCCAAAUAGGCGGACCACGGAUAGCGAGCGACCUUCUUACCGGAUCUGUGAUUCGAGACUUCUGUUGGACAGAGUCUUCGAUGAUAGCCAGGGGCUAGUAAUGAUGACCUGUUGAGGACAGAGGAUGGGCUACCACAGCUGGCGAUUUCGAUUCAGCGAAGCCAGAAGGGUUGCGCGAUGAAUGAGCGAGAUACUUACUGAG